GGGGGAGAAAAAGAAGAUUGGCAAUGGCCGUCUCCGAUUGGCCCGACGCGGUCUCCGCUCUCCAGAAAAGCGCAUCUGCUCAAAUAUUGCAUCUUCCAACAGCGACAUAGGAAAGCACCUCAAUUCCUCGCGGAGCUGGCCCCUUCGCUUCGUCAUCCCGUGUCUAAUCCUGUCGUCUAUUCAUUCUCAAACACUUUCCCCUCAAACGAACAGUCUUUCAGGACUCACUCAACUAAUGCAUGGGUGAAUCAAUACCACAAUGUCUGCCAUCUCAUGCCUCAUCCCAAUCAGUCUCAGUGCUCACCACAACUGCGAUCACCACAUUCGCAGGGGUCGGACUCGAGAUUCCCGUCUAGCUCUGAGUCGAUGCAUACUUCGGCAUCCCUCCUGUCCAACGCUGCCGUCCGACGAACCCGGUUCCCCAGACACUCUCGGCCGGGCGCGACGUCAAUAGCAGAUAUCUUCGUCCAAUCUUUGGUGGCAGCCGGUUAUUGCCACAAACAUUCCCCCCGGGGCAGGGGUCUGAGUACGGUGUCGAUCAAAUCUACAAAAGGCAAUACAACGAAGAGCCCAGGGGUCAAGGGGUUGGGGGAAACUUCCAGACAGUUUUCGGCCCAAAGUGCACCGGGUUCUCUGAGUGCGCGAGUCCGAACCCUGGGAGCUCAUCGGCCAAGAACACAGCAAAUGUUUACGUCUAGCGUUGCACAGCGGUUGGAGAUUUCCGAUACUGAUGACUGCCAGACUGAACAGUUAUCAGCAAAUGAACCUUCACACAAAACUCUGGUUGACACCGUCAGCUCUAGCCUUACGCAUGGAAACACAGCCCCUCCGUUACCGCGCGAGAGAAUGCGAUCUGGAGCUAUGGUUCAGCGUGAGGAUCGGGAUAAUUUGCCCUUUUGCGACAGAGGACCUGCCAAGGUCAACUAUUCGCACCACGGGGUCGAGAAACACCCUAUCCACAAGAGCCACAUAGAGGAGAAAUACCCCAAUUACAAGAGUCCCAGAGAAGAGCUUUUUCAAUAUACGUCGAAAAUAUAUGAGGCAGCACUUGGCCCGUCCAUGGAUUGGAGGAAGGCCGUGGAUAGUCUUAUGCCGGUUGAAACUACAUCUUAUCGCCACGACGAGACAACAACAGCAGCGGCUAAGAUCGAAUCAGUGAGGAACCUCUUAGAAGCCAUGUGGGACAAGCGAAAAUCGAAUCACUACGUCUUCACGUUGUACCGGGAACUCCCAUCCCCAGGAGUUGCACACCUUUCGAAGCGUUCGCGGGGGGCACUUUUACGCAGAUUCGCAGAGCCACCUGACCGUCGAUGGGUUGAUGCUCGUCGUUACCUGGCCCUGAUUGAAGAUAUGCUGACCGCGCGCCUUCCGGUAUCCCGAUCACUUUGGACCAGCGCUAUUCACCUAGCAGGCCGCGCCACAGGCAAGGUCAAUAAGCAAGAUUUAGUACGAGCGAUCGGUAUCUGGCACCAGAUGGAACACAUAGGCCGCGUUGAGUCGGACGAGGUGGUGUUCGGCGUUUUAUUUGACAUAGCAACCAAAUCAGGCCAUUACACCGUCGCUGAUCGUAUACUAGAAGAGAUGGAGAACAGGAAGCUCCAAUUCGGUCGCGCUGGAAAAAUCAGCAAAAUAUUUUACUACGGAUUGCUACAAGAUCCUGUUGCCAUCGGCCGGACAUUUGACGAGUAUGUCGAGAGCGGAGAAAUCGUUGACAUCACGGUUAUAAACUGCCUCAUGGCAUCGUUUCUCAAUGCUGGUGAAAAAAGGACUGCGAAGCAACUAUAUCAACGUCUUUUGACAACUGCGAGCACUACGCACUUAGCGUCAAACACCGAUAAAGCUUCCUGGCACGUUUCAGGCCCUAGCCUCACACCCGAGCUCGUUUCCUAUCGAAGACGAAACAAGAAGCUCGGGCGCGUUCUGCAAAUGUCAGCAUCCCUGAAAGAUACCUUUCCGCGACAUCAUCGAGCUCUUCAACAAGCCCUCCUAGUGGCCCCCGAUACGCGGACAUUUCAUAUAUUUCUCAAACACCACGCGCACAGGUCGGGAACUCUCGAUGCGUUCAUGUCCAUCGUGAGCGAUAUGGAGAGGAUAUAUCGAGUGCCUCCACGCGGAAUGAUAUACUUGCUGCUUUUUGAUGGGUUUGCGCACAAUGGACGAAGUAAAAGAGGCUGGUCGGCAGAAAAAUUGCGAGCAGUGUGGACAGCAUACCUCCGAGCGCUCCAUGAGUCUAAAAGUAGACUCCAUCGUCGAUCCUUCGCCCUGCCUCCGUUUUUCAAAUGGGAGAACCCGUUGGGAGACAUUAACGUCGCCGCGACAUCCAAAUCACAUCGCCAUUCUAGCAUUACAACUGACAAUUUAUACACACAGUUGCCUUCAGUUGCUACCGGCUCGGCAAAUGGCAACUCGAUCGGCCAUGUUUCCAAUGAUGGUCAUCUUGACGACUUGCCGGAUCUCCAUCGUGAUUCUCCAAUACCUCACCUCACUGGUCAAAGGACACGCGAGCCGCCCGACGAGGAUGACCAGGAAUUUCUUGAACGCCGUAUUGAAAAUGGUGUGUUCCUGGGUCGCCGCAUGAUCAUCACGAUCCUUCGCGCAUUCGGUACUUGCUGCAGUGAAAAUGAUCUCAUGGAGGUCUGGCUUCGUAUAGAGCGCAUCUGGCAACCGGAAAAGCGAAAGGGACUCGAUGUCAUGGCCGUCAAGGAGGAACUGGACAAACAGUUGGAAAAAUUCCGGCCGCCGAAUUAAUUAUCUACUCUCGAUGUACAUUAUUGACUCAUAUAUAUACCCUCGAGCGAUGAUCUUGUGACAUUUGUUCGAGUGUACCCAGGGUGAUUCUUGAGUUGAAGUCAGUCUAUGACAAAGGUUUUGUAUUUUUAGCGAUCAUAAUAGACAACAGUUAUCUUAAAUAUUCCUGAAACUUAGCGAUGCUACCUACGUUCUUGACCUUUUAGGCACUGUAUUGAAUCAAUAUGGACCACGUGAUAUCGCGUACCUCCCAUCGCGUCACAUUAAAACCUUCAAA